GCGUGUAGUUUAGCUUGGAUUUUUUGUUAAUUCUGAUGCAUCGUGAUCUUUUUAAUUGUAACAACAAUGUUAUAUGGUCUAUAAUUCAAUAUGGUUUAUUUGUUUCAUAAAUAAGGCAAUUCAUAAUUUUAAACACCUAACCUGUGCUACUCCUAGGAUAUUGUAUACAUUGCUUCUAUCAACUGUUUAUGUCGAUGUUUAAACCAGUCAAUUUUGUUACAUCAGUCGGAUUACUCAUUGAAUGAUCGUCGUAGUUACCACUUUAUGGAAUAUAAUGUGUGAAUCUGGGAGGGAUGAACGGGGAUUCGUUUGUGGUGCUGUUGAAGACUCAAGUUCAAGAGAUGAUUUGGAUGCUCUUUUGCCCACAUCAUCGGACUGCAAUAAGAUCAAGGCUGCCAUUGAACAUUAUCAAGCUAAAAUCAUGAGGACCAAAGAAGCAAUAAAAGCUGAACAGACCUCGCGAGAUGAGAAUGUCAAUGAGUAUCUUAAAUUGGCUGCUAAUGCUGAUAAAGUUCAAACUCAACGUAUAAAGAGUAUGUUUGAAAAGAAGAAUCAGAAAUCUGCUCAUACGAUAGCCCAACUACAAAAGAAAUUGGAUUCUUAUCUAAAAAGGAUUCGUGAUAUUGAAAAUUAUGGUAUUCAAGCUCUACACCAGCAUAGUCGAUCUAAAGCAAUGUUAACUAAUGUUGGCCAUGGGCUUAAAGGUGUAGGAACUAAUAUAAAAGAAGGUAUUUCUGGUCUUUCGGAAGGUGUCAUUGGUAGCAUAAAGUCUUUCUCGUCGCCAAACACUCAUCAUUCCUCGGGUGAUAAUUUCAAUUCAAAACCCAAAGACUCUUUCAAAAAUAAAAUUGGGAGUGCAGACAAUAUCAACUCAGCAGAUAACUCAAUUAAUGAUAGCUCAACAAUGAAUGAAAGUGAAAGUAAUGAAGGUAAAGAGGCCCAAUCCAAGUCAUCAGGUGUUCACAAUCAAGGUGGCUCAGUAUUUUACACUCACAGCCAUACACACAGCCAUAGUACUAAACAUACGUCAGAUGAAAGUUCAAGUAUAUCUUCUGUAUCAGAUAAUAUUGGUGCUAUAGCCGGUUUAGUUACUUCUGGAGCGUCCUCUGCAAGUCCAGCUAAACAACUUUACCGAACUUUUGACAGCCAACUUGUCAGUCAGAGUGGUUCCUCACAUAACAUUCACGACCUGGAAACAAUACUUUCUCAAUUGCGAGAUCGUGAAGGUGAUUGUCAACGAUUAGCCGAGGAAAUAGAAGCAGUCAAAACAUCACUUCACGCCGAAUAUAGUUUAAUCAAUCAAAGUUUACAAGAAGAGAGAUACAAAUCUGAGCGUCUCGAAGAGCAAAUGAAUGAUCUGAUAGAGCUGCAUCAAAAUGAAAUUGAAAACCUCAAGCAAAACAUAGGUGAUAUGGAAGAGAAAGUUCAGUACCAAAGCGAAGAAAGGUUGCGAGACAUUUACGAAAUGUUGGAAAGCUGUCAAACACGAAUAUCUCGAAUGGAACACCAACAACACCAACAUCUCCAACAAUUAGUUAAUCUUGAUUCUUUGGAAAAUUCGAAUGCUCGUGCACUGGUUCUUAAAUUAAUUAAUGUUCUUUUAACUAUACUCCAAGUGGUUCUCUUAUUGGUUGCCACUGUAGCUAAUAUUGUGACACCUUUUCUCAAAACAAGGAUCCGUUUUUUGACAACAAUUUUUAUUCUGGUCAUCGUAAUGAUGUUCGUUCGACAAAAAGCUGAAUUUGUAUUAUGGUUUCAAACACGAAUCAUCAAACGAUUUCCGAUUAUAUUGAAAUUACUGCCUGAAGAGGUGAUUAAUGUUGGAUAAAAAUAAUAAGGCAAAUUAAAGUCAUGAUGUUGAUGGGACAACAACACAUCAUCGGUAACUUCAUGUAGAACAAAAUUCAGCCUGUGCGAUCAAAUAUUUCAAGAAAAUGAAACAAGGCAAAUCUCAAAGCAAUUGACAACUACAAAAUAGAUUAUCAUGGAAAGGAGGAAGCUGUACGGAUUAUCCAAAUCUUCAUAUUCUUCUAUUGCAAACAACUUAAUCUUUCUUACCUUUCAUUUCUCUAAUUUUCAUCCUUUCUCUUCAUUCUUUUUCUACUUUUUCCCUUUUCUUUCUUUAUCUGAUUGCUGUUCAUUAGUCAAAGAUUUUUUUUCUAUCACCAUCAAAUGAGGACAAAGCAUUCUAUGAAUCAAAGAUUGAUGAGCAAUUUUUUUCAACAACACACAAUAUCUGAAUGCCUGCUAAUAUCAACAGUAGUUUAAUUUAUAAUCGACAUCAUUCUAUUCAUCAGCUGAUUAAUGGCUGCCAUGAUCUAUGUAACUAGUUACCAGGAGGUAACAAACAAAUGGGUAAAUAAUAGCUGAUCAAUUGGAAAGAUAUUAUUACUGGUUUUUGACAAAUUGGCAUGUUAAUGAACGAGGAAAAAAAAUGCAACGAUAUGAUCAGAUGAAGUUUAAAAACUUCAAAUAAUGGAAAAAUAAAACAGCAACAACUUCGGGUGAUGCUCAUCUGUUUGCUCCAUUCACGGUUCCUUGGAUGAGGGACAGCACAACCAAAUGCAAAAGAUAAAGAGAGACAACAGCAAGUCAUCACAAAAAAAUGUUUUGACAUCAUCAGUGUUCCAGAAAAAUUAUUUAUAAAUAUACUCAUCAUUGUUUCUCCAACAACUCUUUUUUUUGGACAAAAAAGUUAGAUUUCUUCUAAACAAAAGAACUCCAUGUUCUCGUACCUGUAAAAUUGUGACUCAAGAGUCAUCAGCAUUUUGGGAUAAACUGUGAUAGAUGAUCUCUCCGAUACUUAUAUGCUCUCAUCCUCUACUUCUUUACUCUACACACUCAUCUUUAUCAUUAUCCUCUUUCAUGUUCCCUUCCUUUGCCUACUUUCAAUUUCUCCCCUUUUUCAACAGAUUCAACAUCGCAUACCUCUUUUUAUAUACACAACAUACACGAAUAAUCUCUAUACAAUCACGUUUAUAUUCUCACCUUGUCAACCUUUCUCUCAACUUGUUACACUACGCAUAACUCACACAUGCAUUUUGGAUCAUUUUUCUCGCCAUUGUCUUUCCAUCCAGUCCUCAAUUCAUAAUCGUACUCCCAUAAGUCGAGUCUUGGUUGAAUGAAAAUUUUGGAAAUGUUUUACCAAUGGCAAUUGGGACAAAAACGAAUUGAUCAAAGUGUGGAAAGUAAAAACGCCAAACCUGAUUUUAUGGUUUCUAAUGAAAAUUUUUCAGCCUUUAAUACGAUUACAAUCGAAAGGAAGAUCUGAUGAAAAGCAUUUGCAAUGGUUUGAAACCAUGAUGAUCUACUCAGGGCGAUGAAGAAAAGAAAUACAAAUGAUAAAUUGAAAGAACAAAGAUAGAGACAUGUAAAAGGAAGACAGAGGAAACACCUUACAUCAAAGCUACCACCAUCAGAUAUCAACAAGUAAUUCCGCUGAAAUUUGAAUAAACUCUUUUCUAUAAAUCAAGUAUCAAUUGGGAAAAUUUAAGGAAAAUGAUCUACUCUGACAGUUACAGUGGAUAAUUCAAAGGAUAAUGCCCUUUAUUUGUUGGCAUUUUUUUCCUUUCUGUGUUCACCAAACAUUUCCUUGUAAACAUUAGCUUAGUUGCUUGGUUGCAGUUGAUUCAACAUAAUGCUGAUGAUGAUAAUCGUGAAUUGUGAUUGAUCAAGAAUCACAUGCAACUCAUAUACGAACACUACAAAGAAUUAGGGUAACAAUCACUAGAUUAUGAUGAUGAUGAUGAUGAUGGAUUUCAUUAAUUUCCUUGUUUCAUAUGAUGACUUUGAUGCAUAUCUAAUCAAAUCGAUGUGUAAACAACGGUUAUUAUUUGCAUCUAGACAAUCACAAACAACCAGUAGCCACAAUCACAGGAAUUAAGGACUAUUGGAUCUCUCAUCGCUUGGAAUAAUUCUGAUUCAAUUGCUUAUAUUUUCCCUCUUAGCUGCUUCUUUUUACCUAGUCAAUUUUUGAUUACUUUUCCUACUCCUUAUUUUGCUGUCUUACAGACUGCUUAUUGAUUAUUAUUAUUAUUUUAUCCAGAUGAAUCAUUUCCAAUGUUGAAAAGAAAAUGGAAAGCUAAGAUUGAAAAAUUUACAGCCAUCAAGACAACAAACAUAAUCAUGGUAUAACCUUAAUAGUUGGAUCAUCUUAAUUCAAGUAAAUUAUUACGCGAUGGCAAAAGAAUCAACCAUUAUUUUUAUAUCACUCGCCUUUAAAUUUGCUGAUGACAACUAUUAAUAUCAUAAUCAUCACCAUUAAUAUCUUUCCAGGCAAGAUUCAUAGUACUUUCCGUUUUCAUGAUAAUGAUUUUAUUUAAUUACAAUCAGUUGAACACCUAUCGGAAAUCCUACCGUUUUAUUUCCAUAAUUGUCCUGAUGGAAAGCAAAAAACAACAAAUAACAUAAUUAUAUUAUUAUUAUCCAUCUCAUCAUCUUUGUAAAUCAUUAUUUAUACUUAUCAUGAUUAUCUCACAUAUUUUUGUUUGAUUUGAUAAUCAAUUACCAUUUUAACCAUUAGCAUUUCAAGUAAAUGGUUAAUGUUAAUGAAUUGAGACAAGGUAAACAAGUAAAAACGGAUUGCGACCCAAAA